AUGAACUCUACCGAGUGGGAUCCCGCAGAAUUCUUCUCAGGAGACUUAACGCCUGCCAAAUUCGCGCUCGUUAUUCUUAACUGCGAGCUUCAGCUUCCUAUUUCAGUUUACCGGAAGCUUUGGUCUAAUGCAGCCUACAAAGUAGCCGCUGAUGGAGGUGCAAACCGCCUGCAUACGCUCAAUGUCAACAAUGAUCCCAUAAGUCUAGACCUAGAUGCCAUCGUUGGAGAUCUCGACUCUCUGCAAACAGACACGCGAGAAUACUGGAGUACGAAGGGCGUAACUAUUUCUUAUGAUUCAGAUCAAGACACUACAGAUUUUGUUAAAUCUGUCCACCAUCUUCGAUGCUCACAAACCCAGCGGUCAAAUAAUAUCGUGGUACUUGGCGGACUCAGUGGAAGGGUCGAUCAAGCGAUGAGUGUACUACAUCAAAUCUACGCCCUGCAGAAAGAACCAGCUUAUCGAUCCGGGAGGGUUUAUCUGCUCUCCAGUGAGGCGAUUACAUUUAUACUUCAACCAGGAAAGCACUCUAUACGAGCAAAAAAAAGCUUUCCGAAUAUCGCCCUCGGAAGGAAUGUAGGAAUUAUUCCGCUCAAAGAUGCUACAGUUAUUUCUACAGAAGGGCUAGAAUGGGAUGUACAUAACUGGGAGACGGAAAUAGGUGGUCGGAUAAGCACGAGUAAUCAUGUUAGAGAGGAAAUAAUAACUAUUCAGACUUCUAAGGAUGUAUUAUUUACCAUCGAUUUGGAUACUUCGGAUUAA